UGUAGCUUAUAUAUUUAAUGCGUAAACAUAUCGCGCAAUUGUCAGAAACCCAAGUACCAUUCGGUUUGUGGAUUAAUCGAGAACAAUUGCAACGUUAUUGCAUCAAUCAUAGCGUGCAAAGAUGAUGCUCGCUAGAGUUUGUCGAAGUGGAGCUUCAUCAACUCCAUUAAUUAGUCUACUAAAAAGUCCGGUUGCCCCUAAAACUUUCAUUCCGAGAAUCCAAACUGCAAGAUUAUUCGCUAGCGAUGGACGUAGUGCAUUUGCAAGAACGGCUCGUAAUAAAUCAGCUACUAUUACAGAACGGGCGAUGGCCCCUGCUGGAGAAACAGCAUUCAGCAUUGGAAAAGGAGCCGUUGCCUGUGGUGCUGUAAUAGGAUUAGGUUCUUUAUGUUAUUAUGGAUUAGGUUUGUCACCAUCUCUGGGAGCUGUAGAAUAUGCAAGGUUAUGGCCCCAAUAUGUUAAAGAUAGAAUUAGAACCACGUACAUGUAUCUUGGUGCAUCUAUAGUAUCUACAGCAGCAGCAGCAGCAGUAUGCAUACGUUCACCAACUAUGAUGAAUAUGGUAAUGCGUCAGGGAUGGGUAUCCUUUAUGGUAACACUUGCAGCUGUCUGGGGUUCUGGAAUAUUGGUGCAAAGUAUUCCUUAUAAAGAAGGAUUUGGUACCAAACAAAUAGCAUGGUUACUUCACACCGGUACUAUUGGUGCAAUUCUUGCACCAUUGUAUUUGUUGGGAGGACCUUUGGUUCUUAGAGCAGCAUGGUACACUGCUGGUGUAGUUGGUGGCUUAUCAGCAGUUGCUGUUUGUGCACCAAAUGAAAAGUUUUUGAAUAUGGGAGGACCACUGGCAAUUGGUUUAGGAGUUGUGUUUGCAAGUAGUGUGGGAUCAAUGUUUCUGCCACCUACCACAGCUCUUGGAUCUGGUUUAUAUUCGAUGUCUUUGUAUGGCGGUUUGGUACUAUUUUCUAUGUUACUCUUGUAUGACACACAAAGAAUCAUAAAGCAGGCAGAAACAUAUCCAGCCUAUGAAAUUGCAAGACCAUAUGAUCCAGUUAAUAAUGCCAUGUCUGUUUAUAUGGAUGUAGUUAAUAUCUUUGUACGAAUCCUCACUAUUUUGGCAGGUGGAGGCAGUAGAAAACAGAAGUAAAAGGGGAGAAAAUCUUUAGAGUAUCAAAUUAUGAAGUCAUACUUUUACAUUGCGUUUAAGCAACGUUUGAUCCUAGUACCGAAUUUAAAAUUAAUUCGGAACAUAUAAGCUUAAAGCAAACAAUACAUUUUCUGUUACAGUUAUUAGAUAAUGUAAAUUCUUAAUUUAUUUAAAAUAAAAUAUAAAAUCCAAAAAUUA